AAUUGAUGAAAACGUGUCCAUACUUUACAUAAACUGUUUCGGCUGUUCAUUUCUGGACAAAUGCAUUGUCGCCGAAAAGAGCGAAAUGAUUGGAGUAAUCAUAUACGACAACAACGACCACAACGAUGACCUGUACAUCGAGAUGGUGGCCGACACCUCUUCGCGCAACUGUUCCAUUCCGGCGGCCUUUCUCUUGGGAAAAGACGGACAUAUGAUUAGACGGGCAUUGGAUGCGUUGCGUCUGAAUCGAGCCGUCGUUAACAUUCCCAUUAAUAUCAGUCACUUGCCAUCGAAGAUACGACAGCCUCCUUGGGUUGUCUGGUAAUCAUCACUCAUCACAUCCAAG